GUUCAGACUCUUACUGCUCUGACAGUGGCGGCAGGAAUGGCGGCUAAGAUUACAAGAGGAAGGAGCCCGAAGACCAUGAAACUUUACUUCUAACGGCCCAGCAGAGGAAUUUAACCCCGGUUAACCGCUGAAGCGCCGCCUUGAACCGGAUUAAAGAGAGGAGAAGUCCUAUUCUGUUAUAUCAAUGCGGUAAAUGUCCCGGUUUAGGAGUGGGACGCAGUAGUUGACUUUGAUUGAAGGUAGCCGUUAGCCGUUAGCUUCUAGCCAGCUGUUGGCCACUUGGCUCGACUGGCCCAACAAGUUAAUAACUGCAUGAAAACAUCCCCUGUUUGUUUUUUUUAACGGUGCUCCAGUCUCAUUGACAUCUGAUAGUAUUCGGGAUUUUUCCUCAUAGUGGGAUUAGACGAUAAAACACGUGUACGGAGCGCGUUUUGGGACAUUAUUGCUGCUAACUCCACCGUUAGCUGGUGCAGUGAAGCUAAGUUGGGAUCCUGAAGUCUCGCCCAUUUUUUGGAUCCUGCCCCAGCCACUGGCUAAGAAGGGCUAAUCAACUGCCGAGUAGUCUGGUUUUCGGGGUUGACUGGAGCCACAAUGGAAAGUCUAACGCUGACUGAUAUCGAGCAGAAAUAUUACUCGGAUUUGUUCGUUUACUGCGACACGGACAACACCAAAAAAGUGGCGUCCAACGGGAGAGUUCUUGACCUUUUCCGGGCGGCCCAGCUACCCAGCGAAGUAGUCUUGCAGGUAAGCUAGCACAAGCUCUGUGGGAGUCUCUAAAGUGUUGAAUUCAAGCUGUGAUGCUGGGUAUGAAUUCUGAUGCGUUAGUACACAGUUGACCUGUCAUCCAGGAAAGCUUUGGUUAGCCUUGGUGGUUCUCUGUGCUGCGCAGCAACAGACACACCUUCUUCUGGCUAAUGUUAGCCUUGGUUGUGAAGGAUGUACCCCAGGUCUAAUUUUUAACCUUUACUGGCAGUUUCAGCCCAAAGCAACACCUUGAAUGUCUAAGAGAAGCUGGAUUUCCUCCUCCUGUGUCCGUUUUUCUGGCGGAAACAGAGUCUAGUGUCUAUAAAAGCAACUUGUAUCCUGGUCAGUCCUUUGCCUCAGACUGCUGCCUACUCUUUUCUGGCUUCUGUCUCCAUAACAAUCUGUCAUGUUAAACGGGUAUUGUGGAAAAGCAUGAACCUAAGUCACAGGGUCCUAUAGGUCGGAUUGAUUGACAACGUUUUGAAGUGGAUUGUCUCAGAAAUGCUACAACCAGAGACAGACCAAUUUAUCAGUCAGGUCGAUAAAUGGCAUUUUGAAGUGAUAGGUAUCGACCAAUACCUGCAUCUACAUUGUUCAUUAUUACAUUAUUAUUGCAUGUAGAUACUGCAGUCUGCCUCCUUAGUGUGGAGCAAUGUUAACAUAAAUGAUAGCAUGUUUUUUCCCAUUCUAAAUGAAAGGGUAUUAUACUAAAUAGUUACUGACAAGUAUUUGAUAUACUCUGUUAUGAUGUUAUUAAGGAUGGCUUCUGACAAAAUUCUCCUUUCUAAUUUUAACAUCCAUUUGUUUCUCUCCAAGUAAAAUGCAUUGAAGAAUGGAUUUUAUGUUCUAUUAAACUGCUUUCAAUGCAAACAACAAUAUCUUAAUAGCAGUACAUACUGAUCACUGUCUGACCUGCUCUGAAAUCAUAGGCAUCAGUCAGGUGACAGUCGAUCAGUCACAUGCUACUGCCUAGUGGAAGAGCUGCUUGAUUAUGGACUUUGAUUAUAAGAUCAUGACUACUUUACACAAUUGCCUUUUAACUGGCAACGUCUGCAUCACAUGUAUUUAUUCACCUUUAAAACUCCUCUAACACACACUUGUUUUUCAUCAGCCUCUCUCAUGCCACUAUCUCUUUCCCUCUGCUUUACUAACACACACUGCUUUUCCUGCUCCUCUCCCUGCUCUCAUCUCUCUACCUGUGGCUGCAUGAGGGUUUGUGAAGACACAUCAACAUUUUACGCAUUUUUUUUAGCAUCUGCAUCCACUUUGCAAACUCCCACACUAUGUUCCACACUGAUCUCACCCCUCCAAGGUUAGGCUCCUCUCAAGACAGAAACUAUUAUGUUUUGAAAAGAAGAGAGGACAGCAGGGGAGGGGUGUAGUUGGCUCUUAAAGGUAGAUGAUUAAGCUUUUACUGUAAAAAUGCAUAUAUAGGUAGCUUUCUCCUCUAAAUGAUUGUGUUCUUUUGAAUGAAUACAACCAGCCGUUGGUUUUUCGGCCCUACCGGACAGUACCCUGAACGCCAGAUUGGCAGUCCAGCCCUGGACACGGCUCCUUCUCCUCUUCACAGGAGAGUCAAGUUUAAGUGACUCUGCUUGCGGUCCGCUUUUACUACAUGGGACAAAAUCAACACAUCAGUGUGGGUAGUCCUACAGCCCGGCUUUCAUACAGACUCUGAAAACAUGAAUCAGACCUCCGAGAUGUCAGACUAUAAUGUCUUUGUCCUGAUUAUGAUGAGGAAGAUCUGCAAUGUGUGAUAGCAUUUGGAUACUUAAGUGACUGUACCAUGAGAUUAAUGAUUAAACAUUACAGUGAGGGUUGUGCCUUAAAGCUAAAUGUUCCUCAGUCAAUAUGUUGUUUUGUAUUUGUUUGCUCAAUACUUGUAUUUCCAAUGUCUCUGCUAAAGAUGUCCCAAUCCACUUUUUGGGCCCUGUCUCAUUUUUACAAUGGUAUCUGCUGCUACAGAGUCCCAGUCGGAUCUUUGCCUACAUAGCAGAGUUGCUCACAUUUUCUUUUGUUUACAAAAAUAAUUUAAGUAAACAAAGAACUAAAAGAUGUACUUGGCUCAAUCCGUUUAACUUCCUCCAGCUGCAUGUUUCACAUGCUCUGCUCUUUGAGACCCACGUAACUGAGACCCACAUGCAGUACUAUCUGCUUAGGCUGGCAUGUAGGUGAAUCAGUCCAGGGUGCAGCAAGGUUCAACAGUGACCUGGGACAAACCAACAGCCGUCACAUCAUGUUUGAAAUGAACAUUGCUUAAAUCUGAAAUGUUGCUGACUAUGCUGAGGUAGCAGGACAUACCGUGGGUCCAUGAUGAAUUCAGCCUUUAUAUUUCCUGCUCUUCCUCUUUUCAAGUCUAGAGUUUUAAACUUAAAAGAGGUUUUAAGUUGCUUAAAUGUCAGAUGUGAAAUCAUGAGUGAUUGCUUUUAAUAAUUGUGAUAUCAAUCAAAAUAAUCAUGAUUAUUAUUUUUGGCCCAGCUCUGCAGUGGAUUGCUGCAACUGCAGUCCAUAUAAAACAAUCAUACUGCCUGGAUUGAAAUAUUUCCACACAGCUGACAUUUAAGCCACUCAUUGCUCAUGCGAAGUAACCUGUGUGUUUGUUUUCUGCUGCUUAAUGUUUAUAGCAGUUUAUAUAUAUAUAUAUAUAUAUAUAUAUAUAUAUAUAUAUAUAUAUAUAUAUAUAUAUAUAUAUAUAUGUAUAUGUAUAUAUGCUAUAUAGUUUAUAGCAGCUGAUGUAAAUGAGUAGGGUGAGAUGAUUGGCUAAACUGAUGACCCCUGAUGAGUUAAAAAUGCUCAGAUUGGCUCUGAUCUAAUAGUUUCAGUCAGAAUCGAAACCUCCUGGUCUCACUUUCAAAUGCAGAAGCUGUCUUCUUUUCACUCAAAGAUCUUCUUAGACCACAUUUUCCCAGAACUCGCCUUAGCAACCAGAUUGACACUGAUUCAUCUAAAAGAAGCUGACAUUGAGCAGAGACUGGAGCAGGUCCUCUCUAUCAUUGUGUUGCAGUCUUUUACCGUGUGUGUAUUAGAGGUGUUCAUGCUGGGAUGACAAUGAAAUUGUGAUUAAUUAUGCAGCCCCAAUAGUCACCCAGCCAUGACUGUCCUCACUCUGCCUACUAACUAUGACUUCUGAGUAUUCAGUCAAACAGCAGCAGCCCAUUUUUCUCAGCGACUCCAGGUCUCUCUGCGGGCUAAUAUUUGCAGUUAGUGAGUCAGAGCACUUUUCAAGGUCAACAAUGGGAGCUGUGUGGUGGGAGAACGAGACACUGUUGUCAUCCUCCUCUUCCAAAGUGUACACUGUGGCGAUAGUGGCUUGUGAGACACAUACAGCAGCUACAGUGUCUUGUUGUAACAGGCUGAGAAAAGUGACUGGUGCUUUCUUUGUGUCCACACACACUCAGACAAAGUCCUUUGUCAGCAGGAGAGGGAUCAGUCGGCUGUGGCAGGCUGUUAGCACAAAAAGGACUCACUCUUCAGGAGUCAUGCUAAUAUUAUGAAGUUUGACUACAUCAGUAUUUAACUCAAACUAAAGAAUGCAUACUCUCUUAUGGAUGACUGUGCACAUCAGACUCGAGUGUCUGUUUUGCUUCCAGAUCAUUCAUUUAGCACAAAUCCUGCUCAGUGUGACGUCAAGAACUGAAACCAAAAUAUGUGAUAAUCAGGCUUAUAAGUGGUCAGACUAUUUGAAUGUCUGCCAACAUUCGAAGCAGAGUUCAUAAAACUCACACUGGUCCAAAUGUAUAUGCAGUAUUUGAGUGUUUAGAUUUUAUGUUUCUUUUGUUUAGCUGAAAAGUUUCUUCUUCUGCUGCUGAUAUUUGAGAUUUAAACUCUUGUGUUCAUAGUUUACAGAGAGUAGUGCUGUGAUGUUGGAUUUUACACAGUGAUAAAUACAAAUGCAGCUUGACUGUAUAAGAGUAGUUAACCUUUUUCUUAUAUGUUAUAAAUCUGUUUCAGGUACUAAAAACAUAAUCACAAAAGCAAUUUAAUGUCUUCUACUAAAGGCAGGGAUUAUGGCUCAUGAUUAUGACUCACAGUUAUCCCAGAUGCACCAAAAUUACAAAGUAGUAUCAAUAUAUGAUCCAUGAUAACAAUAUCAUAACAUAGUGGUUCUACAGUAAUUAAUUGUUGGCAAGAAAGUUAGUGUGGGCAGUGCAGAAUGACUCCAAAUAUGUUAGAAUAAGACAUGAUACAAUAUGAUAUGAUAGGAGACAAUAUGAUAAGAUCUAUAAUGGCACGAUACAAUAAGACACAUGACAACAUGAGACAAGGCAACGCAAAACAUGAGAUGAUGUAAUAUGAUAGCAUGGAAUAUAAGAUGAGGAUACAAUACUGUGGAUGAUAAGAGAUAAUUCAAUAUUGUUAGAGACUAUGAAACAAUAAUGUAAGAAUAGAAACAAUAGGAUACAAUAUGAUAUGAUACAGGGCUGGAUAGUGCGACCGUUUCACUCGCAUUUGCGACUAAAAAUAGAUGUGUGUGAAUGUGUUUAGGGGCACAUGUGCGCUUAAAAAAAAUCAUAUUCAAAUAUCAUGGAUAUUUGACAGACAUUCACUGCGGCUCUACCAGUGUCUUCUCACUCUCCAUAACCGGGAAUAGCAACAGCAGCGCGGUAAAAUCUUCUCGGCACCCUCACUGUCAACGUAGGGUGUUAAAUAAGGGACUGUCAAUAAAUUACCAGUUGAUGUUCUCAAAAAAGGCCGUUUUCCUUCAAUAGCUUUCAUGUCAUGUGACCAAUUGACCUGAAAUUGAUUUCAAAUAAUAGUCCUUAUGUCGACCACACAUUAUUACAUAAACACAUUAUUUGAUCAAUUUUCAUUGUUCAAGUUCUUUGUGUGCUCCUUCCUUUUUCAACUUAGGAGCACAUGUGCUCCUUUUGAAAAAAACGUUAGUGUCAAGCCCUGUGAUAUGAGACAUGAUACAAUGAGACAAUAUGAUUAAAUACAGUAUGAUUUGAGACAAUACAGUAAAAUUUGUCAUGAUACGAUUUGACACAUUAUGAUGUGUUGUGAUACAGUAUGAUAUGAAAUGAUAUACAAUACAAAAAUGUUCUAAGAUGACAUAUAUGCCACAUGAGAUAUGUGAUAUACUACAAUGUGAUAUUAUUCACUAUGUAUGACUUAAAAUAAAAGUAACUUAAAGAAACAGCAAUUCUGCAAUACUUGAUGAUCGAUAAAACAAUCAGAGGUGGGAGUUGCAGAGAGCGAUAGGAUAUAAGAUGCAGUACGAUCAGUAGGCCUGUCGCGAUAAUCAAUAAAUCGCCUUAUCGCUCGGUAAAUAAAAACGAGGUCGGUCAUUUUGCCAGCCUCGAUAAUUAUCGUGCGUUUGUUUUCCUCCUCUCUCGCUACCAAACACGCUGGAUGAGAGAAGAGAUCUCACUCUGCACAUUGUUCUCGGCACCUGGGGGCGUUGGCUCUAUAGCGGAAUGAACGGAGUUAGUGAACCCUCCUGUCAGUCAUUCAGUAUCUUUGACACGGGGGCGCGCACAGGCACACGUAGGCGCGCACAGGCACACAGACACAGACUUUUGGAUACAGAGCUGCAAGUGAGCGUCGUGAGUGAAAAGCAAGCAAACCGAGUGAACACGACAGCUUUGGUGUCUAAACCGAACGCAACAGCGCAAGUGUGGGAAUAUUUCGGCUUUAAACCAAAUGAAAGAGGUGAGCCGACAAAUACGGACGAGCCGAUUUGUCGUAUUUGUUCCAAAGUUGUGGUGACAAAGAAGGGGAAUUCGACGAACAUGCAAGCGCACCUCAAGCACAAUCAUCCCCUCCAUUUUUCCCAACUGAGCAAAAAAAGUACCGCCGGAGGUGCUGCGGAGCCAUCGUCCCGACAGGUACCGCUUACUGAAGCGUUUGUCAAGCAAAGCAAAUAUAAAAAAACAGCGCAAAAUGGUGCACGCUGACAGACAGCGGAAAUUAAAGUUUAUCACUUUUGACAUGGUGUACUCGCAUUAUUAUGCCAUAUAUUAUCAUUUUCUAUAAUUUAAAAAACGGUGUCAAUAAUAUCGUUUAUCGGCAAUAAUUUGUAGCACAAUUAUCGUCCAGCAAAAUUUGUUAUCGUGACAGGCCUAACGAUCAGAUAUAUUAAGAUUCCACCUGAUACUCAAUAAAUGCAUUGCAGUAACAUUAACACUGCAAAACAGCAGUGCUACAAUAAUACGAUUUGCCUUAAAAGUGACGUGCAUGAUGGAAGUCAAAAUAUCAACAUUUUGUCCCAGCAGUAUGGAGCUGUCUCAAUCUAUAGCCAGCAGUUCAGUACCUCAUUAUGUAAAACAGUAAUCCUGCAUGUGUAAGUAGAUUCUUCUCAAAAUACAGACAUAGCUGCAGCUGCUAUUUUUGUGAAUUAAAACAGUUGAUAUCAGAGUUUCAAAUGAAUACACUGUUAACUGUUCCCCUGUUUCUUUGUGUGUGUGGGUUUAGAUCACAGAACUGUGUGGAGCCACUCGGCUGGGUCACUUUGGGCGAAGCCAGUUCUACAUCGCUCUAAAGCUCAUCGCCAUCGCCCAGUCAGGUCUGCCCCUGAGAGUGGAGAGCCUCAACUCGGGUGAGCUUGAUCUUACUUUGGUGCCUCCUCUUAAACAUAAAAGAACAGCUUCCCACUCAGUAUCUUUUCACACACUAGACCUUACUCACUGUUUCAAUCAAAGCUCUCUGUGUUUCCAGGCUGCUCAGCUUUUUUCUUUAUCUUUAUUUUCUGAAAUCACAGCUUAAUGAAUAGAAGGAGGUCAUGAGGCAGGAAGCACAGGGGAGUAUAAAAGACUUAAGCCCCAAUGAAUGCAGUCUGUUUCCUCUGACAAUUGAUUGGCCUCAGAUUAAGAAGAAUUUCAAAUGCCAAAAAGAAGUUCAAAUGCUUUACUUCUGUGUUACAGGCUUAAAAAGUUCAGCCAGUGGAUAGGGGAAAGGAAAUCAAUCAUAGUCCUUCUCAGUCAGAUGGUAAAGAGGUUAAGCCAUUGAUCCUGGAGUGGGUGGUUCGAUCCCGGCCCUUUUCAGCCCACAUACCAAAGUGUUAUUUGAGCAGGACAGUCAGCCACAGGAAAUCAGAAGUGAAAAUACAAAGACUUUAAUGGCAUUCUACAAUAAACAACAAAACUUAACAAGCGCUCCCAUCUUGGGUAUCUUACAUUGUUACAGGGAGUAUAUUAUGUUAGAAAGUAUGUAAUGCAUGAGAGGAUAUGAAAGCAUGAAUGAUGCAUAUUACAUAGUAGAUAAUGAUUACUGCCUAAGAGGUGAUGUAGAUUGCACUGAAGAUAAUGUAUAAUAUAGAGAAUAUCACACAGUAGAUUAAUUUGAUUGCACAACUGAACAUAUUUCCACCAGAUCUUGUACUUUGAAUGGUGGAUACAUGAGGGAUAAUGUAUGUUGCUUGGUCAAUUAUGUUUUUAGCGCAGUAGAAGGUGUUUGCAGCAAAAUAAAUAUUGUGUCAUGCAAGGUAGAUUAUGUAUGUUGCACAGCACAUAAUGUUUACACAAGAGGUAAUGUAAUUUGCAUCAUGGAUAAUAUUUCAAACACAGGAGAUAGGGAGUAUUGCUUGGUACAUAAUCUUUAUGCAUAGAUGAUAAUGUGUGUUGCAUCAUGAAUAAAUAUUAGACUUCAGAUAAUGGGUAUAAUGUUAAAAACAUGGCACUGUUGAUUAUGUAUGUUGCAGAAUCAACUUUAUUCCUGUCAGAUCCUGUACUCUGCGUGGUUAAUAAUGUGUGUAAUAUAUGGAAUAAUGGAUGCCACACAGGAUAAUGGUUAUUGCAUGAUGGAACAUGUUUAUGGUAUAUGAAAUAAUAUAUUUUGGGGGGUGGAUAAUGAAUAUUGUGCCAGGGCUGCUGUAUAUAUUGCACAAUAGAUUAUGAUUUAUGCAUGGUAGAUCAUGUAAUUUGCACAAUAGGUUAAUGUCUUUGAUAAUGGGUAUUUAACAGUAAAGUCACAAAACGAGCAGAAAUGCACGCUGCACAAUGUAAACUGCACUUACUCACACACAAAAAUAGGCUUAAGCAUGGAUGAGAUAAUUGCAGCACUAGAAGUGCGUGGGAUUGGGGGAAAUGGAGGGAACUCAUAAACUAAUGAUUGUCUGACACAUUUGGUAUUCGUUUUCUGUACUUCUGGUGCCUGUAGCUCAACAUUCCUGUUAGCAGGUGCUUCACAAUAGGAACAGUUACUACCAGCUCUCCAUUUAUCUUUACUGAACAGCGUUUGUAGUCCAAGCGCUCAAGGGUUUAACUGCAAUAUGUUUCUGUUUGUCUUUGGUGUGACGACUCUUGACAAAACACCAGGAAGAUUUCACAGUCCCCGACUACGAGGAGUAGUUACUUGUCAGGCCUGGAAUAUUUCAACAUGCGGUAGCUGAAAUGAUUUCAUAACUGGAUGAAAAAUAUGAGGAAACAUAGAGGCGACUUCCUCUUUUUGAAAUGAAUGCUGUGUGUGUUGUGAUGCUGUUUUUUUUUUUCAGAGAUUUGGGGAUAUCCAAAUCUCUGGCUUAUAAAGAGAAAGCUGCUUGAGAGGGAGAUGUUGAAGAGAAAGUGUUUUAGUUUAGUAAAACAUUGAAGAUUAGUUUAGUGUUGACUUGGUUUUCUUUUGUUUCAGAGAAUGCAUUCAGUAAGCAACUGACUUAGGUUUGUUGAGCUCACAGGCCUAAAGGUUUAAUACAACACCUCUGAGUAGGGGAUGUGUAUUUUAGUAGGUUAAAGAUCUGCAUCUCAACAUUAACUUUACUGUAAACAAAUCAGUUACAGUUUUCCAUUAACUUUAUGACUUUGAGACCCCCAAACCACUCGCAAACACUCAUAAAUAUGCUGUAAGAGUGACAGAAGUGAAGUAGAUUUUAUAAAGGAUUUUAUAAAGCCAUUUUCCAAGGACGGGAAGUCCAGUUAUGGUUGAGCUACACUGAGUUCAUUAUCUACUAAACUGAACCCUCACUUAAGUUUGACUAAUUAUUGCAUUUUAAUACAAAAAGUAUUAAUUUAAUUCAAGGAGUUUCCUGCUGAGAAAUAAGAUCUAAUUGAAUAUUUUUGUGUCAAUUUCUGUGUUUUACAUUUUUAUUAUCAUCAUAUGUCAUGAUACCUACUUGUUUUUUUUUUUGCUUGUUGGAUUUUCUAGCUUUAUUCUUAAGGAUACUCUGAAGAAAGGGUCCGCACUACACAAACUUGAUGAGAAGCAGACAUGAUUGGUUUUGGAAGUCUAAAGCAAAUACAAAAGGAGAACACAGCUCACCCCAACCUGUAAAAAUGUCAAGUUUGUGUACAUUUCUGUGGUAAAUCAGCGCUGCAGACUUUAUUACUCCUCUUGUCUUCACUUGAAACGAUACAAUAAAUAAUCUCAAACAUCAAAGUGGACUGAAAUGCAUUUGAGCUUCUGAUGAUCGGUUUGUUUUUAUUGGCAGUCCACUUUGCUUGUUUAGCAGCACAAGCAAAUAAAAUCUAAUUUUCACUUUUUUGUUCUGAUAUUAAAGAUCAGUUUUCCUGAUGAGCAAAAAAGCAGAGCAAGUCCUCUUUUUCUGCAGCAGUACUAUCCUCAAAAGCAUCCUCUUUUGGUUACCACUCAUUAAUCAGCUGUACCCAAAGCUAGUUGCAACAAGAUCAUGCUUCAUAUCCUGACACACUGGCUGAAAAAGUAAAGUGAAAGCAGCUUCAGCACAAAAAAACUCAAUUCAUCAGCAGAAAAGAAGUCCUGAAACCCACUGAACAUAACAGCCUGAUGAUCCCUGACUGUUUCAGUGUAAUGGGCAGUCUUCAGGCUAACUGCAUCGAAGAGCCUGAAAAUCAAUACCGAACUAAUCUGUCCGUUUAUCCUGCGAAUGGAUUCUUGUCUCCACAGUCAAAGACCUGCCUCUGCCCAGAUUCGUAGUGGGGAAGAACGAGGCAGAGGCGAGGCACGCAGCGCUGUAUCAGGACACAGACAGUCAGGGUCUGUACCCGGCCUCCGCCACAGCAGUAAUACCCAGACCACCAGGCCGGGGGCACCAGAACAAGAAAGGACCCCCGACAUCUACAGCACAUCCUGUCCAUGAAGUCAUCCAGCCUCUAGCACCCAGUAUAGAACCACAGGUCAGUUGUUUUAUCUUCUUUAUGUGGAUUUAAAUGAAAGCUCUAGGGAGGAUUUCCCCCCUCUGUUAAAUACACUGAAAUUCACACUGAUGCCUUUUUAUGGUCUGCAAAAACAAACAAGACCAUCUGCGACUUUCCUGUGUUUUCCUGCUCUUGUUUUGACGUGUCUCCCUCAGAUUACUCUCUGACAUUUCUGCUGCUGUCAUUCUUUUACCAAAACCUGCAUCGGUGUGUUUGCUGCCUGUCAGUCAUGUGGACUCUUCCUCCACAGUUAUCUGUUUGAAUCAGUUGCACAAUGUUCACUUUGCUGGCUGUUUGAACAAGCUGUAUCUGUGAUGACUAGAUUAGAAAGAGCUCUGAAAGAGUGUUUAUGGGCUGCUUUUGGAGGCAGUUGUGGCAUGACCAAGAUUGAAAUCUCUGAAUAUUUGAGAUGGCAUCAGACACUUAACACCCCUACAAUAUGAUAGCAUAAGAGGAUAGUAGUGGUUUUACUUCUGCUUUCUGACAUUAGGAAAUACAAAGAUUGCAUUUCUGGAGGUGUUUAUGCAUAUCUGCAGUUGUUUAUAUAAGCUCUGUAUGAAAAAUGUAGUCUAGCAUGAAAAUUUUAUACGUUUGAUUGCAUUUAUGUGUCACCAGCCUGAGCCCACGUCCCCAGUUGUCUCCCCUCAUCAGUCGCCCCCGACCUCCCCUCACUCAUGGAGGAAACACAAGCGGCAGCACAGCGGAGGGAACGCAGACAGACAGCCGGUGGUGGCUGCAACCGGAGCAGUGUGGACGCAGUUCAGAGACCCACAAGCAGGUGAAAGCCCCUUGCCCAUCGCUGCAAAAUGAUACUUUUUUAAGCAGAUACAUGCAUGGAGAUGUAACUAAAACAACCCGAUCUAGAUGAUCUGAUUGAGCAUGUGUUCAUCUCUAUCUGUUUUCACUUAUUAACGGUUCCCUCAUCUUUGACAAUAAACCAUAAAACAAGUUGUCUUUCAGUUUUUCCUGAUAUUCUAUAGACUCACAGUCAGAGUAGUCUCAUCAUGUAGACUUGUAUUACCGUGAGAGAGAUUCUCAGUUUCUAUAAUCAAGUCAACACAAAAAUAAGAAGACUCUCAUGUGUCAGUGCUCAGUAUGACAUCUGUUAUGUAAAGCUGUUUGACAGAGUUGAUACUAGUGUUGCAUGUUAUCACUUCAAGUCAGCACAGAGCACAGUGGUGUGUGUUUGUUUUACUUCCCUGUGUACGCUGCUUGUACACACAUCAUGUUUGCUGAGACUGUCAGUUACAGGAGUGAGUCAUUUGAGGAACAAAAAUGACAGCAAAUGACCCCUGCCAUCCCUUUAUCAGCACAGAAUGAGGCUUCUUCCAAGGAAAACAUGAUCAGAUCCCAGAUCCCUUUAAUGUGUCUAAGUUUGAUACUAAAAAUUAAAGACAAGAAAUGUUCAUUUUCUAUUUAUAAAAUAAUGCCUUAUAUCAAAGCAUUUGAUGUUUCCUACUCCUCACCUACGUUUAUGAUUUUAUCACCUGAAUGUUUUAUUUGCUGCUUUUAUGUGGAGAACUUUGUGAUUUGACAGAGACAGCAAAGGUAGAAACUCAGUAAAAAAAAAAGUGUGCACUUAUAAUAAAGAUUAUUAUUACUAGUCGUAGUAGUAGCAGUAGUAGUAUUGUUCGUAGUAUUAUAAGUAUUAUUAUUAUUAUUAUCAUUAUCAUUGUUAUUGUUAUAGUUCUUAUUAUUAUUAUCAUUAUGAUUAUUGCUGUCAUUAUUAUCAUUAUUAUUAUUAUUAUUGUCAGUUUAAUAAGAAGAAAUGACCCUCGCUCACCCUCUCCCUCUUCCUCUAGCUCCAGUGUCUGGUGACGGCAUGUGGUCGUCUCACUCGCCUCCCCCUCCUAGUCAAGAGAGUUGGGUCAGUUUCACAGCAGACACCCCACCAUCCAGCGCGAUCCCAGCCAUGCAUCCCUCAUCAGUCCAGGUAGAGCAGCAACACCCCAACAUAGUCUCUCUGAUAUUUUUCCAUGUCUCACUUGUUGGUGCUGCAUAGUAACUAGCAUUCAUUAAAGCAUCUAUGCUUAAAUCACAUAACACAAGAAGUUAUCAGUUCAAAAUCAGAAGUUAUGACUGUGCUUAUCUAAGUUACCUCAGCACAUCAGGUUAACCUGAAGUGUAAAGGCAUUCUGCAGCGAGGUGUCAGGUGGAUUGAGGUAGGUGUUAUUUGAUUUGUUGUUGUUUUGGGACUUGGGAGCGAAGUCAUAUUUCUCGAUCAGGUGCUGUUUGUUGAUGGGAUUUAGGGAAGUGCAAAAAAUUUUAAUAAAGCUGCAGGAGAUGGAAGGAUAGACUUUGUCAAGAAUUUUAAAAAGUUUAAUAAAAACUGAAAUUUUUCAAGUUUGUCAAGUGGAGUUGCAUCUUAAUUUAGAAAAAGUUAAAUGAAUGAAUAUAGAUGAUGUAUAAUUCAAAAGCUCAGUCUUAUUUCUCAUUUUUAAUCCUACCUCUUGUUUUUUUUAAUGCGCCACUUUGCCUCUCAAAAUGAAAAUACAAGGGGAUCGGAAAACUGUCCGCCACAUAACUGUCAUUAGUAUUUAUUAACUUCAUUAUUCCACUUCACGGCUGGACUUCAGUUAAACCUCUGAUGCCAUACUGUGAAACCCUAAAACAGCAGUAAACUACGAUUAUGCAAUGGUUAGCAUCAUUUUGAAAUCUUAUUAUCACAUAAAUGAUAGUUUUUGAGCUCCUUUGGUUGAUUAAGCUGCCAUUCUGCUGAUGAUUGGCAAGGCAUUCUGGGACACUUCUCACAUCAGACUGUCCGAAGUGUUCCUCUGCCACAUCUCUGUUUGAAGGGCUCUAUAAAACAUAAAAACACUUAGCCUAACCCUUCCAUCCAAACUGGAAUCAGGACACCCUUAUCUUUGGAUGUGGUUGUCAAUGUGUAUAGGUAGAACUAAGCAGCAGGGACAAACAACAUGAUAUGUCUAAAGCCCCAAACAUAGGUACCCUCAUUUAAUAUUUACAUUUUUUUCAAAAGGUUUUCAUUCCCAAAAACAUAUCAGCCAGCAUGAGGAGCCAAUAUGAGGCCCACACAGGUUGACAACUCAUUUCCUUUGUCUCGUGAGACAGAAAAUAGUAACAACUGGGAUCCAAAGACAGACAGAGAAAGACAGUAAUCUACACUGAAAAAGAGAGAUGAAACAAAUAGAGCAGAAAAGAGCUGAAACUGAAGCUGGAGCCACCUCAGCAUCCCUGAGCCUCAGUCCUACCACUCUGGACUCAAAGAUAAAUGAGUUGUGACAAGAAAGGAGGAUUUCCUGUGGCGUGUUGUGUUGCGUCGUGAUGGUAACAGUUUACUGAUGAAGGAAGUCCUGUGUGUGUGUGUGUGUGUGUGAGAGUAGCAAGUCUUAUCUAUAAUUUAUAAUCUUUCUCUAAAUGUCCCAUGUGUUUUACUGUAGGAAAGCACAACGAUACGAACAGUGGCCUCAGCAGCAACAACCAAUGAGAUCCAGAGACAGUCCAGCGGCUAUGAUGACCCGUGGAAGAUAACAGAUGAGCAGAGACAGUAUUAUAUCAACCAGUUUAAAACCAUCCAGCCAGACCUCACAGGCUUCAUACCUGGUAGGAAAAUAGAGACACAUACACUCAGAUUCAAAUUAAAGGGAUAUUCUGGCGUAAAUAUAAGUUAUGGUCAAACACACUGUAACGCCAAGUUAGACACCCCCUUGAGAGAGGAAUGUUGCUGACUGCUUGCUUCUCUAGUGGUAUCAACUUUAGUAACGACCGCAUGAUAGCAAUACACAGCGGUCUGAGGACCGUGGAAAAUGUAUUGCUUCAUGGAAAUGCAAUCAGACCAAAACACCAAGGCAGGAGAACGACCGCGUUUGCAGUGCAAAAUGAUUAUUAGAAUGGUUAUUACUUCAUGGAAAUUAUCUGCUGCAGUGGUGAUCGUUUAUCUACUCGUCAGGGCUCCCCCCACAAACAAGCGGCUGCUGGAGGAGAGUGGGUGAGUUGUGAUUGGUCUCUUUGCUAAAGAAAUCAGGCAAAGCUAAAAAGAUGUUUGGUGGCUAGUACUAUGGCUGGGACCCUAUAUGUACUGUUGAUGAAGUUAAGUGCUGUUCUGAGUAUUUUUUUGGGCUAUAGAGUGACUUUUUGGUUGAGAUUUGUUUAUAGUUUUUCAGAUCGCUGUGUAUUGCUAUCGUGCGGUCAUUACUAAAGUUGGUUUAACUAGAGAGGCAAGCAGUCGGCAACGUUCAUCUCUUGAGGGGGUGUCUAACUCGGUGUUGUGGUGUGUUUGACCCUAACUUAAUUUUACACCGUAAUAUCCCUUUAAAGUGGAUUAUUAGGUCUAACUCCACUUUAUUUACUUUUUCUUCAGGUUCAGCUGCAAAAGAGUUCUUCACCAAAUCAAAACUACCGAUUUUAGAGUUGUCUCAUAUUUGGUGAGUUGUCAGCUUUCUCAGAGAUGACUGUUAUCAGAACCAGAAGUGCACUUACACAGAACUUUUAACCCUCCUUAUAAAAAGUCCUCUGUAAGAUUACACAGCUCGACUGCAGAAAUGUACAUCAGUGCUUUCAUUAAGGAUGUCUUUGAGAGGUUAUUAAUUUUCCUAUUCGUUCCACUUGAUGUGGAGAGCCGGGAAAUGCAGUCAUGAAACAGGCCGGAACAAAUCACAACCACUUCACUUAUUUCCUUCAUGCUGCUUAUUAAGUGUUUUUCCCCUGGUUCUUCUCAUGGAACUGCACAGCCAUCAACAUGUUAAAGAGAGCAUUUUUUCAGAUAUGAUGCAUGUCAGUCCAGUGUUUGUGCAGUGUAUGUAUUCAGAGUGUAUUCAAGAGCAUCUGAGGCUCAUGAUGUGUGGAAGGUUGGUGUCUGACACUCCAAUUCAUCCUCAAAGGGAGCUGUCUGACUUCGAUAAAGACGGGGCGCUGACCCUAGAUGAGUUCUGCGCCGCCUUUCACCUGGUGGUGGCCAGAAAGAACGGCUACGACCUCCCUGAGAAGCUGCCUGAGAGCCUGAUGCCAAAGCUGAUUGACCUGGAUGACUCAGCAGGUAUGCAGCCUCUCUCUCUCUCUCUCUCUCUCUCUAUCUCUCUCUUUCUUUCUCUCUCAGGUUUUCUUCUCCCCCUUCCUCUCCCCAGCCUCAGGCCUCAUAAAAUCUAGACAGUUACAGCACUGCAGUGAGCAAACUUGCAGCAGUUGUAGCUCAUAUUUGAAAGCUUUUCUUCAUGAUAAGCUUCAGUAUUUCUCUAGCUCUCUGCGUCACCUCCACCACAGAGCUGACUGCCACAAUCAGUUUCUUAAUGACCUUUUAGGCACAUGUUAUCACAGGAAGACGUGAUUAUUUGUUAUUGUUUUCUUGGUUUUAAGAGAAAAACGUUUUUAUUUUUGGAGAACAGAAACAAAUUAAACAGAACUGUGUUUCUUUUGAGGUUUUAGAUUCCAUUCAAAGAUUAUGUUUAAGCUCUCGUGUGCCAGUUAUAAUACUUCAGAGGUCUUUGGCAUCAUUUCUGACUUGUGCUGAUGCCAAAGAUGUUAUUUCUAAAACUGCCAGAAUUCAUUCUGAAAUCAUAUCUGUUGGAGAGCAGGCUGUACUUUCCAUAGUUUUAGUGACCUGCACACAGAUUUGAGAAAUAACCGUCUAACCCUUACAUGAUAAUGAAAGCGUGAUGAUGUUAAAAAUGCACAUUUCAACAGGUUAUGUAAAAGGAUAAAAUGCUUGACUGACGUGAGCCUCUUACACCUGCAUGUGCAUGUUUAGACCUCAAAGCUUUUCUGUCUGAUUUGCUCUAAGCUGCUGAGGUAUCAGCUGUAUUUCUGGCACAAGCAUGAUAAAUAUACUUUAAACACACUUUCUGGAUGAACUUCUAAAGAAAAGCUGGUGCUGUUCUCUCUGUGGAGACUCUUCAUGUUUGACUCGAUGCUUUAAUGCUUUUACUCUCUGAUUCAUUAGUGUGAGCUGGUUUGGUUCUUGUCGAUGGGCUUGGCUAACCUCUAUUUGCUGUUUUGUGUGCAGAAGUCCCAGAGCCAACCGCUGACGUUGGAUACUCGGGCUCACCAGUGGAGGUCACCCCCAACAAAUCCCCGUCCAUGCCUUCACUGAACCAGGCGUGGCCCGAGAUGAACCAGAGCAACGAGGUUCCAACAUGCACACACAGUCAUUCUCCUGUUUUCCCACAGUUAGCGCCGCGUUUGUUUGUUUGCUUCUGCUGCGUUUGUUUUAUUGUGACUCAGCACUUAGGUUGAAUUUGGUGAAGUUGCUUUUUUCUUCAUUCAUCCAUCAUGAUUCGAUUCAUCCUCCAACAUAAUUCCUGAUAAUCCAGCAUCUCUUCUCUCACUCCUCGGACUGUGGUGGUAGCCUGCUGUUCUGUACAAGUCAGCCAUGUUUGUUUUUGUCCUCAUGCUCGCCGCUGAUGUUGCAUCGUCACCUCGUCGUCGUCAUCGUUGAUUGACAGACGACUGGCGAUGUGGCAUCACGGUUGGAGGCUCAGGCUGAUGAUGUAAAUGUGUGAUGUCACUGCACUGGCUGACUGACAUGUUUUUUUCUCACUGUCUGUCUGUCUCCUGCAGCAGUGGGAGACGUUUAGCGAGCGCUCCUCCAGCUCACAAACUCUGACCCAAUUUGACUCUAACAUUGCACCAGCUGACCCUGUAAGUCAAUCACUUAGUAUGCAUGGUUUCACCAUUAAUGGACAGACAUUAACCCUCUCUAUGAUCUCUCUUUCUCUCUAUAUAUCUCUCUCUCUCAUUCUCUCUCUCUCUCUCUCUGCAUGAUGUUCUUUCAAAAUGCCAUCUGCUGCAUCAGCAGUGGUCAGUGUGUGUUGUGAUUUGGCUGGCUUAGCUGCUAUUGGACAUCACCUUUUUUUCUACAGUGACACCCACCAAUCACUAGUGCCUCUGCUGAUCGUGAGAAAUGUACAGACUUCAUUAUUGGCCAAUGCUGAGGGGACUCAGAACAACACUUCUUCCAUGUUUUGUGUGUUUUGAGUGACAAUAUUGAUCUGAUUAUAAGACAAGCGUGAUGUUAGGACAGUCCCCCUUUUCAGGACUAAUUCUAAGGACAAGACUUUUUGAAGACGAGAUCUUGUUUUCACACAGAGAGCAAUUUAAAUUGAGAAUAGUAAUAAAUACACAUCUAAUAUGACAAAGCACUGUAUGAGGAAAAAAAAAUUAAAUAUCUCAAAACAAAAUGACCACCUGUGCACCCAUGUAUUGGUACACAGAAAGAGCACAAAUCUACAUUUACUGGAAUGAAGUAAUUAAGCUGAAUCCACUCAGAACAGUUCUAUCUUUUGUAUUUCUAUUGUGAGAGCAGACAGAAACAUCUGUUUCAGGCUGCUCUUGCCUUUAAUUGGACCUGAACAGGUCAGCUAAUCGUAGACACAGCCUCUCAUUGAGCAACAGACCAGAGCAAUGAUGGCAGUCCCCCAUCUAUCAUAGUCAGCCAAUAAUAGAAAUAACACUAUUUUACUAAAUUGAUACUGAAAUUAUCAAGUCCCUGGAUAUCAUAGUAAUGCUAAAACAGUAUCACCAGAAAGCUGCCGGACUCACAGAGUGAGUGGAUUUUGAAGAAAAUAACAUUGUAGCUGAUGGUUUAAGCACAACAAUAUCAUGUUGUAAACUUAAAAUUCAAACCAGCCAAUUACCAAACUGAACAGAAUACGAUUCCAUGUUACUUAAAAAAAAACCAAGUAUAUACAGGUCAGUAAGGUAAAGAAAACUUCUCCCUAUUCAGAUCAUGUUCUGUAACCUGUACUACAGCAGUGUCUGUCUUUAAGGUCUCCAACAGGGAAUUGGGCCAAAUUUUCUAGGCAGUAACUAAAAACACGUAGUAGACAGAGUAUUAUCAAACAGUAAAGAGAAAAAAAACAGAUUUCAAGCGGAAAGUUAAAACAUUACAAGAAUAAACUUCUAAUAUUAAGAACAGACCUAGUUUCCCGCACAAGUUUUCAGAGUUCUGCUGUAAAUGAAACUUGGGUCCUGCUGUCCACGAGUCAGACUCCUGUUAUUUGGAAACAGAUUCUGUUUUAUAACUUAACAUCAUGGUCCAUGGUCCUUAUUUCAGUGCAAGAGCUGAGCCGCUCUUCUGAUAGUCCCUAUUUAAAAGUGAGUAGAGACGCCUCAUAUUAUCUGCAGAUAGUGGUUUAAGAAGUGUAUUAUGUCUGUUUUGUAAACAGACUGUCAUGGUAAGAGGAAGACCUUUUUCUCACCAUACUGAGAUUUUUUUUAACUUUUAUGUUCCGACUUGGUCCAUGAAGUGUUCUUUUUUUUAAAGGGUCCCUUACGCUUCAUUCAACUGAAUAAACUUUUUUCUUGAUUCCUGAAUUUCCCCGGUAACAUAGCAAGAUCAAUUGAUGAGAUGCUUGAGGAAAAAUCUUGCAAAUAUUAACUUACAAGUUCUGAGGUCCACUGAGGUUUUUGCAGCUUUGGCAGAAGAAGUUUUCAGACUAUUUUAUCAAGUUAUUUGAAUUAUAAAGCCAAAGUCUUGCAGUAAAAAUGUCAGUUAGGUAAAAAAUGUAUCCACUGAGCGUAACACUAUUUGACAUAACUUCAAUAAUUACCUGUAUUUUUAGAGUAAUGUGAUUAUAUCAAAUACCACAAUGGCUCUGAGAUUUUUUCAAUGAAUAUUCUUUUUACACCAUUUAGGGGGAGAAAGUGUUGAUUUUUAGCAUUAGGCCUUUUUUUUUUAAUUUUGAAAUUUGUUCUUUUGAAGUUAUAAUCCAAGAACGUUUUGGUUGUGGAGGUAAAGCUGCUAAUAAGCAAACCAAGUCAGUGGACAGAGAACUGAAAACACACGUUGUGGACUACAAACAUGUCUCCUGUGAAACUCUGCCUCUCCCUCCAGUCAUCAUUGUCCUUUCACUGACUCACUUCCUGUCCCUUUAUCCAUCCCACAGGACACAGCCAUCGUCCACCCUGUCCCCAUCCGGAUGACACCCAGUAAGAUCCACAUGCAGGAGAUGGAGCUAAAGAGGACCGGCAGUGGUGAGACGAACUCUUGGCUGUUUACAUUAAAAUAAUAACUGAUGUGGGAAGCGCUACACAUCUGCAGAUAAACUGCACAAUGGAAGUCAUACAAGAAUGCAGUUUAAGCCUUUUUUCUCUCUGGAAGGCCCUCAAAAAACAGACUUGAUCUCAUAAUGAUACCCUGUAUUUGCAGGUGUAUGAUGUAAUAAAAAGAGUUACAGCAUCAUGAUUGACAGCUCUCUUGAUAAAUAGGACUCCUGCAGCAUUAUGUGAAGGAUUUGCAGCAGGAGAAACUAUAAAAAAACAGAAACAAGUGUUACUGAACUUUUUAUGGACAGCGUCUGCUCCAUAAACCAAUACAAGAGGAAACCAAGUACAUUAAACGUAACAAGACAGAGUUUCAUGACUCAUGAACAUGUGGUCAAAAGGCUUUGUGGUCAGGCUCUUUCACAGUUUCUGAAACUUCAGCGGAAGAUUUGUGACGAAAUUAUGAGCAGGACUGCUCCGAGCCUUUCUUAGACUGUCUGUUUUUUGCAACUGUGUGUAACCGACUUCCGCGGACUCAAGUCUUUUGCCGUCUUUUCUUAGACCACAACCAUCCCACCAGUCCUCUGAUGGCAAAACCUCCAGAAAUGCCUGAGGAAACCAAAUUACCUGCCUCCAUGAAGUUUGUAGCCGCCAACACUGUGGGUAAGUACAGGGCAGCUGUGCCAGGAGAGUUUAUCUAUCCAGUCAGGGUUGUACUCCUUCAACACAGCCAGACUGUCACCAUGACAGCGGUGGGGGGAGCUGCAGGGGUCUGGUUCCAUGAUGAGGCCAUCGUGAGGCCCUAUGCCAGAUAUUUGAUCCUAUCUUGAAGAGAAGUUUUCCGAGUUUAAUUUCCAAACUCAAAUCUAUUUUAGAUGUGGCUUUUGUCCUCUUUUUGUCCAGUGAUUACAAACUUGUGUUUCAUGUCUCUGCCAUGAAGGUGAUGGUUACAGCAGCUCAGACUCCUUCACCUCAGACCAGGAGCCAAUAACGAGACAAAGGUCAGUGUCUCUAAUAUGAUCUGUUUUGGUUUUUUUGUCCUUGGUUUCAGUAAUAUUUUAUCCUUCAUUCCUUAAACUGUAAUUCUUGUCCAGGUCUCAGUCUGGUACGUCUCCAGAGGCCCUGAAGGUGGUCGCUGCCCCUCCUCCACCUCCGCCCCGCCCCCACCCAUCUCACUCUCGCUCCUCGUCUCUUGACAUGAACCGCACCUUCGCUGCUACGUCUGCACCAGGACAGCCACAAUCCUCUACGAUAGCGUAUCCGCCUGCAGUGCCUCCUCGACCUCUGCCCACGCAGGUAACACUCAGAAAACCUCAGAACAACCAGGCCCAGAUCCCAAAACCUCAUUGUAACACAUCAUCAUCAAAUCUGAUAUAAGUCCUCACCCGUCUCCUCCUCUCUUGUAGACAUCCUUGCCUCACAGUGGGCAUCGUUCUGAGGCUGAGGGGGCUCCAGGAGGAGGAGCGGUCCUCACAGCCACCUCUCCACAGCAGAUUCCCCAGCAGCCUAAUUUCGCAGACUUUAGUCAGUUUCAGGCGUUUGCUGCAUCUGAACAGCCCUCCAGUCUGCCAGAGGUGGAUAUCCACAGUGAGCCUGGACAGGUAUGUCUCACCUGGAGAUCAUGUACCUCCUAAUUCAGCUGCCCCUAAUUCUCUUCGAUGAAGCUGUGAGUGACAGUUUGGUCCACCUGUUUGUGUCCUUUAUGACUUUGAACCCAACACAUUACAAAAAUAAUUCCCUGAGUUAUUCAGACCAUUUCUGAACUGGGGUGUAAACAUGUUUAUUUAUCUUUAAAACUUGUCUCUUUUUUUUGUUUACUGUGUAUGAAUAAAGGUAGAUCUCAUCUUAUCCUUUCUUUGGUCCACAGACUGAGAAGCCAUCAGAGGGUGCUGGCCCUUUAAGAACAGUGAAGAGUGACGGUCAGGCAGACGAGAGAGCCUCAGCUACUGUCAACUCUGUGAGUCAGUGUAUUUGGAAGAGUGUUUUUAAGACUUAAAAAGAGAAAAGAGGAUUCUCUGAUGGUAGAAAACUGAAUAAAGAGAAGUGCAACAUGUUGAUGUAUCCUAGGUGAAAGUAGUACAAUGUGUUUCUGUUAAUAUUAUUGAAAAACCUCUAUAAUUAGGAGCUGCUGGUGGCUGGUGUUUAAUUAUGAGCCUCUUCUUUAGCUUUCUUGGUUACAAAACAUGUGAAUCAAAGAAAAAAGAAUAAAAUAGUCAGUUUUCCAGAUCCAAACUAAAAAGGAAACAGUAACUAAAUUAUGUUCAACAUGCUUAAACAUAAGACAGAAACAAAACAAAGAAAAGUGAGGAAUAGAUGUUGCUGUUCAUUUGAUAUUUUACUCUGGAUUUUAUUCUUGUUUGGCUCUUGAACAGGCCAAGGGUUCAUCCGGACCAAUCGCUCCUCCUCCUCCUAAACCUGUGCGCCGAAGGUUGAAAUCUGAGGAUGAGCUGCGGCCGGAGGACGAGCAACAUGGCCCACAGAAAUCAAAUGUUAUAGCUGCUGUUCUGGCCACUCAGCCCUCCAUCCCCAGGUAAAAAACUCAGCAGUUUUUUUAAGACUCAGUAAUGUUUGAUGAAAAGAGGAAGUAGAAUUUUUUGUAUGCACCUUGUUUUGGUGUGAAAAGUGUGUGUUUGUGUUUUUCAGGUCAGUAGGAAAGGAUAAAAAAGCGAUACAGGCUUCAAUUAGAAGAAACAAGGAGACGAACACAGUGUUGGCACGACUUAACAGUGAACUGCAGCAGCAGCUGAAGGUACGCAGGAUAUGAAUCUUUUCUUUUUGACUCCCUCUUUAGUAAUACAAAAAGAUCACUCUUAUUCUGUCACUUUGCAGGACUUGCUAGAAGAGAGGAUAUCUCUUGAAGUGCAGCUGGAGCAGCUCAGACCGUUCUCGCACCUUUAACCAACAUGAGGAGGAAAACUCUGCUGUAGUUUUUCAUCUGAAGCAACUCGCUGUGUGAAUCCCUCUCCUUCACCCUCCCACCAUCUCAGCUUUCCCUGAAGGAGGCUCAGACCUGCUGCUGCGGGACGCUCUGUGAAAACUCACAAAGCGCUCAAUCAUGCAUCGUAUUAAUCAUAAACCACAUGGACCUGAGAGCGCAGUCUUACAGACAAGAUGUGACUCAAAGCGCGGAGGGGGAUUUACAAACUGGCACUUUUCAUUCUCCUCUGAAGAGAGGUGAACGUGAGGACGACAGCAAACCAACGGUUUGGAGUGUCAGACGAGAGGCUGCGAGUUUGGUCUGAAGACAAACCGCUGGAAUCUGAUGAUUUUACUCUGAAUGACUGAAGAAGAAAGACAGAGUGUGCUUGUUUUGUUGGUGUGGCUGUUUGUGUGGUUUUGCUCCUGUUUGGCGACUCACAUGAGGUUGGCACCCAUAUGUUUGAUCUCAUUUAGGGUACAGACUCGGCCACGGCAAACUCUCUGAAAAAGUACUUUAAAUUUGGAGGAACAGUCCAGUAUUUUCUGUCUUAAGAUAAGACCUCCUGCUAAGGAUGAACAGUACCUCUAGUCAAUGAGGUGAAAAAUAAUUCAGAUCUGCAGGAGGUGCUAUUUCCCUUUGUUUGAUGCCAUAACAUUUUUAACAUUUGUAGCUUGUAAAGGUGUAUAAACAUGGACACCCUCCAUGUAGCUCCACCUGUCCUGCAAAACAACGAUGUGAUGCAUUGCUAAAGAUAGACAGUACAAGCAAGAACCAAGGAAGUAAUCAUGGUGGACAGAGGACAGGAGUGGUCCAACCAAAUAUCAUUGUGCUUUCAAUAUAAACUUACAGUAAAAUGGUACGAAGCACUAAUUUACAGUAAAAUCCACUCGCCCUGCGAGACAGAUCUGCGUAUUUCCAGACUGUCCCAAUAAAAUCUUCCCUUUUUACUGUCAUCACCAGUUUUUGUCGGGGAAACAGCUAGCUUGCUAACCUCACUUCACCUCUUACAUCCACCAAAUCAGAUGGUGUCUUCUGGUUUAUUUUCAUUUCUGCAAAAACAUUAACGAGUGUUGGUGCAGGGGGAGUUAAAAUCUGAAAGAGUCUGAUUUUCAAAAAGUAUGUAUGUAUUCUGAAAUAUCCUAAAUAUUUCUUUCAUUCUCUUCUCAUAUUUCGACACACCUACUUUCAAAAAACGUUUUCAAUAAUCUACUGACUCCCUAAAGCCACCGUUUUCAAAAAUAACCUUGAAAUUCAUGUCACAACAUAAUCAAGAGGCUUCAAAGAGUUAGAGAGCACUUGUUUGCAACAGGCAUAAAAUUGGCUUUUUUUUUUUUUUUAACUGGAGUUUGGUUCGGCUGGUCACCCUGCAACAUACUGGGCUACUUCUGGACAGGACUAAAUGUGUGUGUUUGUUUAAUUCCUCAUAACUGAAUGGUCAAGGUGAAGGCUUAUCUUCACUCACCCUGUGAUAUCCUUCCUCCUCUCACUGCCCCUUGAAGUCUAAAUAUGAGCGUGUGUUUGGGGAUUGAUGUGACUGAAUGGUUUAAUUUUAUGCCAAAUGACUGAACUGUCUCUCCGCUCUCACCCAGACCAGGGCUGUGCAAUGACCGCUUUUCCCGUCUUCACAGGUUUUACAGCCGUGCGUCAACAUUUCAGCUUCCUUUUGAACCUCUCACUUGCGGUUCCUGCGGUUAUUUCCAGUCUCUAACUUCACCUGGAUUAGAAGAAGUGUACUCGAAAACAGACUUGAAGGGUUUGAAGAUAAUCCUGACUUUGAGAGGUGGCAUUUUUGAGUAAGUGUUCCUGUGAUUUCUCUGGCACAGAUCCAAACUGAGGAUGCAGAAAAGAGUCGAUCAAGUUUGGAAAUUUAGCUGUUUUCUAAUGGAGCAGUCGGCACUAUGCAAGUACAGGGCGAUACAUCUUCACACACCAACUAUACUUAGCUGUUUGUACUAUGAUAGUAGCAACUGUGUGAGCAGUAUACUCUGACUUUUUGUAUCUUAGAUCUUCCAAAAACACCAUUUACUGUACGUUUGUGAUUCUUUUUGCCUUUUUUUCUCUUGGCACUGAUGGGCAGUCCACUUCCUCCUUCUCUCUGAGUGUUAGCUGAGGGGAAGUAAACUCCAAAUCAGUACUCUUUAUUUUUUUAUCAGGGCACUUUCACCCUAAAUCUGCAAGAUACGACCUUUGCUGGUUGUAGAUGAAGCUUAACACAUGGAGAGCAGUCAGCAGUGUGGCACACCUGAAUGACCCAACUGCACUUUGAGCUUAACCCCUCCUCCCUUUUUGUUCUUUUUUUUUUUUUUGAGUAGGAUGUUCCCCUUUUUUUGUUUUUUUAAACCUUUGUUUUUUUGUCAUACAUGUAUAUUUAAAGAUGCUUCAAGAGAAAAGGAAAAUAAUGAGCCAUCUGUUUUAUUUCUUAAACUGCAGCCAAGAAACUGCAAGAUUUCUGCAAUCCUGAAACUAUGAUGGAGUGUUAGUGCCAUGGUACAAAUAGCAGAAAAAAAAUCUGAAAUCUCACAAAUGAAUUUGUUAAGGAUAAAGAAAUUACAAGUUAAAAAUUAAAAAUUAAAACAAACUAAAAUGAGUUCGUAGCAGUAUGAAGAAUUAGUAUUACAAGAAAAAAGCUUUGCUGAAUAAGAAUAAAAUCGUGUCAGUAUGAGGAAAGUUCACAUAUUCAUAGCGAUUAUGUUAUUUGCUUAGAGGGUUUCUCAGAAAAAUGUACAGCCUUAUCCUGAAAUAACAAAACUUUAUCCUCAAAAUCAAACAGACUUAUUCCUAAAAUAAUAAAAAUUUAUUCCUUAAAUGAUAGAACUCUUUCAAAAUUGACAACCUGAUAUCAGAAAAAAACAACUUUAUUCCUGAAAAACAAUGCUUUCUACGUCGUGUCAUGAUUCAAUUUUUAUAUUAUCAUUUUUUAUUUUAUUUUUUCAUCAAAAAUGACUUUUUGGUAAUAACAUUCAUAUUUUGGAUAUGAAUUCAGCCUGACAACUUAUAUCUCUGACAACUUUUUUUCAUCAUAACGCCACUUUAUUUUUGUUUAAUUAUUUUUUUCCUUAUUAAACUAUAAUUUAUUCCCGUAUUACUAUUUUUGAAAUCUCAGAUUUGCCUUGUAACAGUAUGGUCCUGAUACUCCAUUGCAAUGAAAUAAAAUAUUCUGUCUUUUUUCUUUACAUUUUAAUUUCUUUUUAAUCUAAAUGUUUCGUCCCCGGAGCUUCCUGUGAGUUUGAAGAACCUGUCUUCUUCUGCAGCCUUAUUCCCCUGACUGGCAUUCAGGUUUCCACUGCAGCUGACUGACCUCCUCCUCCUUGUCCUAUCAAGGCUUGCCUUCUUUUUUCUGCUGUUGAGGACGAUGAUGUACUUGUGUGUGUGUGUAUGUGUGUGUGUGAGAGAGUGUAAUGUCGUUACCAGACCUGGAACUAAUAUCAUUUAAAACCCUAUUAAAAAUCUUCUUGUGGGAUUGAUCAAUGUUUGCUAGCACAGCAGCUCCCUUCCCCUGAACCCCAAAAAACAAUCCAGGCAGGCAGAAGCAAUCAAUCAUCAACAGUGUCUUUGAUGGGAUUCUGAAUGCUAUUCGCUUCCAGGAUCUGUGUUGUAUAUUGUAUAUGAAACACACUUUUGGACUCAUAUGUAAAUUUGCAUUAAUUGCUGACUAACAGCGAAAGAAUAUUCUAUUUAAUUCCUUCUCUCUUGGCUGUGGGAUCCUAGAUGUUUAACUGCAUGGAUGUACUGUAUCUCUGCAGAGUCAACUAGCAGCUGUGUGAUUUUUACACAAAAAUAAAAAUGGCACAAUAUUUUAAACAUGGCUCUCUUCAUUGUCUUAGUAUUCUUUAAACAUGGAUAUUUAUUCUCUUACUGUCAUUGUUGGUUUUGUGUCUUAUCUGGUCAUUUUGUCGGCCUCCUCUAUGCUGUUGUUUUAAAACUCUGCCCCUAUGGAGUCAAGCCAUUUAUUGGCAUAUUUGUCUCUUUGUAGCUUCUGUUUGAGUUAGUUGCUGUUUGGUUUGUCUAACUUCUUGUAAGCACCUUCUAUUAUAGUUUUUGUCUCUGUUGUCAGUUUUUGACUCUCUGGCAAUUAGUACAAAGGCGAUGUAGCAGAUGGACUAUAGACCAAUUUACAGCCUGCUUCAUCAAGACGCUGUGCGCGCAGCGUUGCAAGCAUCAAAGAAAGUAGCCUCAGCCACUCCAACGACAAAGCAAGCAGGACAAGUGUCCUGCUUUGACCGACUGGUGACGAUCAGUCACUACAGGGAGAGAGGCUCACACACACCAAGGAUCCUUGACAACGUUACACACAUGCAUGCACACACAGAGCAGCAAUCUGAUGUAAACCACCUUCAUUACCAUACUCUCCCUGAAAUGGAUGCAACUCUUAACUCUUUUUAUAAAAGAAUAUUGAACAAACGACUUGUUGACAUCUUUUUUUAUUUAUACUAUGUGAAAUUUGUCAUUGCAGCAGUAAUAUUUUAUGUGAGACAGGUAAUUCGCUUUUUCAGGGGCUUAGAGAGUGUUCUCAAGUUUACAGAAAGCACUUCACAGUAAUUAUGCAUCAGCUUCUCUGGCAAUGUAAAAAAAAAAAAAAAACUUAUUUUAAUUUAAUUUGUAAUUUUUUGAAGGUUAUUUCUUAGGAAUCUUUUGCGAAAAAAGUACCCAGUCACAUACUGAUAAUAUAAAAUUAAAUAUAAUCUCAAAUUUAAAGAAAUGGUAAGAAUUUAGCUGAUAAGAAAUCCUGCAAAACAAGGAACAAGUAGUGUAGUUGAAGGAUCAGUCUGUAAAAAUGUAAAGAAAGUAAACAAAAACUUUUUUUUGAUACAGUUCAAAAAGCAAAGUUAAGAUUGCUUAAAACUCAAGAGAGUAAAGAUGACACAGACAGUGAGUGGGUUUGAUCAGUUUUAUUCGAUCUCUAAGUGUUGCUUCAUCACUAGGCUGCUGCACAGAGCGGCUUAAAGCAAUCCUGAAUAAAAUCUACUCCUACUGCCCCAGUGUAAUCGCUACAUCAGUGAGUUUAACUCCAGCAAUAAACCACUUCAACCAACUCAGAUAACACUAUCAGAGAUCUGUGGAAGGGGAGUUCAGGUCACUAAAGUCACUGACGGAGCCUUUGAGAAAACAUUAGUUCAAUCUUAACCUGUUAGAAAGGCUGAAAAACGCCUCAAAAAAUCUUAAUUUUAAUGGAAACUUACACGUGAUUUAUCAAGUGCUAUGAAGCCAGCUCACAUCAGGCCUCCUAUUGGAGUCUAAACACAAGGAGGUUUUCUUUAAUUUAUAUGCAGUGAAAUGUUCUCAUUAAGCAGGACAAAGAGCUCUAAUGUAACCACGAAACCUCUGAGGUAAAACUGUGUUUUUCUAAUUUGAUAGCAAAAGCAGGACUCAGAGAGGUGGCGGUUUUCCAGAUGCGAUAGGUUUAAGGUGAUUUCUGAUGGCUCCAGAACAUUCUCUUGUCAGCAGGAUGGGGCAUGAAUCUGACUUACUUCAGCACUCUGAAAGCAAAAGAGGAAAAACAAGUUAAUUGCACACAAUCUAUCUUUUUUAUGUAAAUUGUAUUACCAGUCCUCUAAUCUUGACUCUUUGUAUUCUCUCUCCUGUAUUUUUCUAACUUCUCAUAGCCCUGCUUAACACUCACACACUGGUUUCCUUGUAGCGGUCCAGAGCCUCCUGGGCCACCACCUCAGAAAACUUGGGGUCGGUCCAGGGGAUGUCGCCCGGCACUGUGAAGUUCAUGGGUGGAGAGUCGAAGAGCUUCACAGACACCUUUGUCUCUUCGGGCUCCUUCUCUGUCUCGCCUGGUUUCUCUUCAGAGUCCCUGCAGAUCACCUGGAAUACAGGACAGUCUCCAGUUAAACUCCACUGCUAACUUUUGUUUUAAUCAUUUCAAUUUUUUCUGUCCAGUGUCUUUACCUUAAAAUGUGACUUUUUCUCUCUGCUUCUCUUUAACAAGUUUUUGUCUCAAUUUCUACUUUUGCUAUCAUUUUCUACGCUCUCUAUGUCGCAAAAUGACUUUUAUUCUAUAUAUAUUACAGGUUGAUCUCAUAUCUGUUAGUACUCUAUUACUGUACAUAAUGUUAAAGAUUAUAUCUCCAUCACUGUCUCUUCCAGCAUCUUAUAAACUUCAUCACAGACAAGAAAAAUGGGCUAGUUUGAUUUUAGACAGAUGAAAAAAGGUGUAAAGCUGCAGUGAAGGAGUUGAACAAUAAAUCAGGACACUUGCAGGUCUACGUACUCCUUGAAUCUUAAAAAUGUCGUCUUUGGUGCUGUUUGCCAGAGCUGACACCCAGCCAAACUGUCUGUUGAGCAUUUCCAGGAUGGAGGAGGUGUUAAACAUUUUCUCCUCAAACCUCCUCAGGAGCUUGUUGUACUGCUGUGUGAAGCGCUCAGUCAUAGCCAGCGCUGUCUCCAGCUCCUCCUUUAGUGGACCCUCCAGAGGUCGCUUUCCAGAGCAGUCUGAGCAGAAAACAGGUUCAGAGGAGGAAUGUAAUCACUUGGGAGCACGAGUGAAGUUAAAAAUAUUCAUUUAAGUGGCCUUUAAUGAUGGAAAGACAACUUUUAUUGUUUGAUUUGACAUCCAGAGUAAAAUUGGAAAAGGACAAAAAAGGGUCAUUACAUAGACUGACUAGACAUAGUCAGACUUUCUUCACUUUUAACUUCUCACACUUUUCAAAUAAAUGCCUUUGUGCCUCAAAAACUGCUUAGUAAAUGACAAAAUUAGUUUAACCAUUAUAAAAAUUCAUUCUUUUUUAAUAUCUCUAUUGUCUCUCAGAGGACCAAAAACAUUUAUAAACGUGUUCAUUGUCAUAUCAAAAAAAAGGAAGCGUCCCUCUGACUCUUCAAAUCAUGAGUUUAGACCAGCAAAUCUUUAUGUGUAGCUUGUGGCCCCCUGAUGGAUUACAAAGGUACUGCAGGUGGGAUACUACAAGAGGUCAUGAACAAGACUAAUAAAACUAGCUUGCUUUUGCUGUUAAAAAUUAUGAAUUUAUACAAAUUUUGUUGCUUUAUAGUUGUUGCAAUGCAUAAGCACUGCUUUACUGUUGCUUACUUUAUUAAUAAUUAUCUAGUUUAUUAAAAUAAAUACAUUUGGAAAGAAGACAACAAAUAUCUGAUCCCUCUUUAGAAAAUCAUAUUACCUCAAUAAAUAGUAGAGUGAUUUAUCCAAAUUCUUACUAUUUUAAAUUAGGAAUAAUUUAGUUUCAUUAUACUGUAUUUCUUAUGAAAGUAUAGUAUUUUCCCCUGCAGAGAAUGUUCCUCAUGUCUCUUGACUUCACACCAGUUUCAGUUUCCCAUCUUCUUAAAGCUCUACCUGUACUAUUCCAUCAUACCAGUUAUUCCAAAGCUCUAACAUCGUUGUUUACAUUUUUGAGUCAUAAAAUGUAAGGAAAAAAUAACCCACUUACCAAUAUGUUGAAUAUCUUUACAUUUCUGGCACUCAUCUUUGAACCUGAUGCAGCCAGCUGAGUUGCGGCGAAUCUCUCUGCACGUCAUCUGUCCGUUACCAAAAGGUUUGGUGAUGACCACGUCCUCGUUUACAUCGCCGUCUAUGACACAACACAAAAUACAGAGUUUAAAUCGAGUGUAGUGUGAGGAGUUUUUAUCUGGCUAGGAAACAGACUGAAACUGGUACUGGUGCCUUUU